AAAACUGCAUUAAAUUUCCCCCCUUUUUUUCUGCCCCUAAAAAAAAUGAGUCUAUCGCGAUUCCGUCUAAUCACAUUCGAUGUCACGGAUACCCUCCUGCAAUUUCGCACGAGUCCAGGAAAACAAUUUGGUGAGGUGGGUGAGAUGCUGGGACUUCUCGGUAGUGGCUCUGAUAAGAAGCAACUCAGUGCCAAGUACAAGGCCAAUUGGCACCGGAUGAACCAGGCACAUCCCAAUUUUGGCCUGAAGACAAACAUCGGCUGGGAAAACUGGUGGCGACAGUUGAUAAUUGGCUCAUUCCGUGAGACUGGCGCCCAGGAACCAGAGGAGAAAUUGAUGAGGAUUGCAGAUCAUGUGGUGGAUAUGUUCAAGACCAGCACUUCCUGGCAACAUUGCUAUGGAUCAGUGGAAUUCCUCAAUUACCUGAAGCUCAAGCAGCAAAUUGGCACAAAAGGCCCUAGAAUCAAGAAUGAGGGAGCCCCCUUCAAAAUAGGCAUCAUCUCGAACUUUGACCUUCGACUGGAGACCCUCCUGCGAAACAUGAAGCUCUUCCAGUACUUCGAUUUCGUUAUUAGCAGCUACGAAGCGGGCUGUACAAAGCCCGAUCCUGAGAUCUUCAUCAAAGCGAUGGAGGCUUCAAAGUUCCAAGACUUGCAGCCAGAUGAGUGUCUGCAUAUUGGUAAUACUCCAAGGCAUGACUACCUUGGAGCCAGGGGAGUUGGUUGGCGAAGUGCCCUGAUCAAUGAGAGGGAUGCCAAGGACCUGAAGGCCAAGUAUGGUCAGGAUAUCGAUGAGAAGCACGUCUUUCCCAGUCUCUAUGAGUUGCACAAGAAGAUCACGAGUGGCGAGUGCAAUUUAUAGAGAAGUGAAUGGCGCGGAACAAUCGAUACUCAUCUCAAUUCAUCCUCCACCCCCUUCGAAAAGACAUCCACAACAUCUCAGGUGCCAAUUUUUUUGCCUCAUUUUAUCUCUUACAAAAUAAGUUUAAUUACAGUUUGGAAAAGAAUAAUUGUGUGGGAAUAUAGAGCAAGAUAGAAAAAAAAGAAGAUCAAAGAUCAGGAAAAAGGGAAAAAAGUGGCUAUUUUACCGCACGAAGUAACUCUUCUAGGCUGGUGGCAUCGCGAAAUAGCGUCCCAAAUUGACUAUUGAGUCGCCAGGCGGCACCCUGAGCCUGUCCACUCCAGUUCCAGAAGAUCAUUCCUCUGCACAGAUCCCUGAGGCUGCGAACGGCCGAGUAAAUAUUCUGUAAAGAUGAGUGAGGAAAUAAAGGCGUCAAGUGCUGAAGAGAGAAA